GGCCAUGGAUGAUCCUGGAAACAGAAGGAUUCAUUGCCCCUUGAGGCUCACCUGCUCCCUGCUUAUUUUGGGAAUGUUCUGUGUGUCUCCUGUCUUGUGUCAUAGCCAAACAGACCUGCUGGCUCUUGACCAAACUGAUCGUCAGUGCUGGGAAUCCUCCUCAGUACUCCUCCUGGAAAUGCAAAAGCCUCGCAUUGCCAACACUGUUUCAGGCUUCUGGGAUUUCAUGAUUUACCUAAAGUCAUCUGGGAACUUGAAGCAUGGGGCCCUGUUUUGGGAUCUGGCUCAGCUCUUCUGGGACAUCUAUGUGGAUUGUGUCCUCUCAAGGAACCAUGGCUUGGGAAGAAGGCAACUGACUGGAGAGGGAGUCAAAGCCUCUGCAACUCAGCCACAGCAUGCAGGGAGUAAACAAGGUGAAUAUUCUCAGUUCCUAAGAAUCCCUUUUCUAAAGAAGAAGGAGUUAAUUGAAGAUUUGAUAAGUAUGCAUGUACGCACGACUGGGUCUAGAUUUGUUGGAAAAGUGAACCUGGAAAUAAAGAGAAAAUAA